AUGAUUAAGACAGCCAUGGUGGACAUCACGUUCACCACCAGCACCAGCACCAGCACCGCCAUGAUCUCUGUCCUGCUGGCCGAGGUCAAAACCAUCUCUUACCACUCCUGCAUAUCAAGCAUGUACAUCUACCACCUGGGUGACAUCACAGGGUGUCUGGCCCUGUCCCUGAUGGCUUUGGACCGAACCAUCGCUAUCAGCACCCCUCUUAGGUACCACAGCAUCCUGACUAACCCACGGCUCUUCCUGUUGAUCACAGCUACCUGGCUGAUAGGGUUAGGGGUCAUGGGGGUAGUAGCAGCUCAGGUAGACAGCCUUCCAUACUGCCAGCCCAUCAUUAGAUAUGUGUUCUGUGACUAUCCUGCUAUGGUCAGAGCCGCCUGUGUCAACCCUGAACCCUAUUGGAUGCUUCCCACCAUCCUGGGUCUGUGGUUGAUUGGUGCACAAUUCAUAUUCAUUCUGCUGUCAUACGUGAAUCUGAUCUACACAGUACUGAGACUGCCAAACAACGAGAGCAGAGUGCAGGUGUUUAAUACUUGUAUUUGUCACAUCAUUGUGGUGUCCUGUUUCUACGCUCUCAAGUUGGUCUCUGUGUUGUUGACGAGGAUAGGGCUGAGGCUGAAUCUGACAGAGCCUAAUGCUUUACUGAUUAUGGCCACGCUGUUACCUUCUCUGAUCAACUCAGUAGUCUUCUGUUUGAAGACCAAGGAGAUUAGAAAUUGGCUAGAUAUUGGUUCAGAUACUGUCUACAAAAGAUAA